AUGACGGCUGCUGCAGCGGGCUCAAUCUCGGCGGCCCUCGGGCUCUUCAUGCCUGAGUCGUCUCAACUGACAUCAGCCGCGGCCAACGGCGACGUGGUCACGGUUUCUACGCUCUUGGCGCGCGGGGUGUCGCCGAACGCCACCCAUGGCCGAGGACCACUGCGUGCUGCGGUUGAAUGCGGCAACGAAGACUGCGUGCGAGUGCUCUUGCAUGCGGGGGCCGACCCGCGCUUGACCACUGAUGGGAUUCCCAUUACGAUGCAAGCGAUGCUGAUGGAUCACGUCCCAAUUGUGGCGCGGCUCGUGGCCGCCGACCCAAGCGUGAUGACGCAGGCGAGCGAGCACGGCGAUAUGACGCCAUUCGAGCUCGCGGUGCAUCAGGACCGUCCCGACCUCGUCUCGCUCUUUCUUGGCGCCGGCGCCGAUGCCAACAUGAGCAUUCAAAACUCUGUACCGAUUCUGGUGUACGCGGCCUUCCGAGGCGUGCAGCCCAUCGUCCUUGCACUGCUCGUCGACGCCGGCGCCGACGUCGAUGCCGUCGCGUUUCCCAGUGGUCACUCGGCGCUCUAUUGCGCCGCCAAGUACAACCACGAAGCGCUCGUCGACCUGCUACUCGAUGCAAACGCCACUGUCGACAUGCCCUCUUGUGAUGGCGAAACACCGCUGGCGGUCGCUGCCUUGCACGGCCACGUGGGCGUCGUCACCCGCCUCCUCGCGGCGUCGGCCAAUGUGAACCACGGCUGCACCGCUGGCAUGUCGCCUCUCUACAACGCUGCGCUCCACCGACAUCCCAACGUGGUUGCCACCUUGCUCGACGCCGGUGCGGACAUCCACCAGCGCACCCAGGCGGGUGAGUCGGUGCUGUCCGCUGCUGUGGCCUGUGGGCACGCGGACGUCCUCGCACUCGUCCAGAACGCCUUGCAACGUUAG